AUGGCUUCUUCCCAAGUUGAAAUCGCUUCUUCUUCUUCUACAUUUGGUUGUGCCCUCAGGGAUCAUAAUCGAGGAGACCGAUGCAGCAGAGAAAGCAAUGCUAGAGCCACUUUUCAGAAGAACCUCAAAGAAUUGGUCCAAAACCACCUCCAUUCCUGCAUUUCAGGUUCACCCACAAACUCUAAUUCCGAGUCCAAUGACAAUCCUAAAACUGCAGAUUUCUGGGCUCGCCGCGAACAGAAUAACGAUCAUUUAAAUUUGCACUGCUCCAAUGCCAGCAACAACAACAACAAUAGCAACAAUAAUCAUAGAAAAAUGAAAGUUUUUGAUCGUUCUUUGUCUCUUGUUCAGUCAAAUGGUCCUAUUGAAAUUCCUCAUCUGGGUGGUGUUUCUACCCUUGUCCAAAGAUGGAGAGGUUUUGAGGCUGAGGCAAAGAGCUUGAAUUCAAACAAUUCACCUUUUUGCAACAGCAGAAGCUAUUCUGGGUCGACUUUUACAGAAAAUAAUGCUUCAUCAUCAUUUGUUGAAGUGCCACAAAGAAACUCUAAUGCCUGUGAGUUUGUUGAUGGAAGAUAUGAAACUCCUACAUUGAAUGAGGACUCAUUUGCUGAUUGGGAAUCUGAUAGGGCAGCUACGAGUGGCCCACCUUCUUCCAGGAGCAGAGAUUCGGAUGCAACAGAGAGUGAGAGGCUCAGGGUCGCAGAUAUCAUCAGGAGACUAUCAUCUUCUGUAGAAGAUAAUAAGGAUCACAAGCCACAGGGGGUUCUAAAUGAAUCAUCAGCUGAACAUAGAUGCUUCUCCUCGGGUUUUAAUUCACCUCGGAUCAGAGGGCGCCAAGCAUUUAGUGAUUUGCUUUUGCAAAGGGAGCACGAAAGGCAUAGGGAGCUUGAAGGACUUGUGGAACGUAAACCAGUUUCAAGGUUUACACACAGAGGCCGCAUUCAUGCUUUGCUUCGAGUUAGGUUUUUACGCAGUGGAGCAGGAGGAGCAGAAGUUAAAGGGGGACAAAAUUCGAAUUCAAUUGCACAUGAAUCAGAUAAACCAACUCAGGGAUCUUCCGUCAUGCAUCUCAGGGAGAAAUUCAAUACAGGAGUUGAGCAUGGUGCAACUGACUCUAGAAAUCCCCAUGGAGACGGUUCAAUAAGUGCACGUAGAGAAGUAACAGAUACCAGGCAAGAUAUGGGAAAUUCUUCUACCUCCAUUCGAUCCAGAGACAAAAUUCAUCAUCCGGAAGUUAAAACUACCUUUCAAGAGAGGAUUCUCCCAGUGCAGAACUUGGACGAUCCUCCAGAAGAAACUAGUGCAGGGUCAGAUUUAAGAUGGCAAGGAACAAGCCAUGAAAUCAACACCCUUUGCUCACAAGAAUGUACAGAGACCACAACAUCCCUGAAUGAUUUGGAAGAAAGCUGGUAUGCAGAAAAACAAGAGUCUGAUAAUCAUCAGCCAAUAACCAGUCAUGACUGGGUAAGUCAUAGUUAUCAUCCACCAAGUGAUUGGGAAGAGCAAGAGGUCAAUAGCCAACAUCUAAUAGGAAAUGCUCAUGACUGGAUGGGUAACAUUUCCCACCCACAGAGUGCCUUGGAAGAUCGGGAAUACGGUUACCAGCAGCCAGUACAAAACAGUCAUGACUGGAUAAGUGAUAUUUCUCGGCCCCGGAGCAACUGGGAAGGUCUAAGGCAAGCAAGGUAUCAGGAGAUGCUUGAUCCUUACUUGGACAAUGAAGACAUACGUCAACUCCUUGAAAGUGGCUUGAAAGGGCGAAUAGACCAAUUGAUGUUGUCUCGCACACAAAGAGAACCACAUCCAACAGGCAAUCACGUAGAAGAAGACAUUGAAAUAGAGGAAGAAGGGCAGGACGUAGAAGAUGACAUUGAAAUAGAGGAAGAAGGGCAGGAAGGGGAAGAUGAAGCGGAAGAAGAAACAGAAGAAGAACAAGCGGCUGAAGAGACAGAAGAUGAAGAACAAGGAGAAGAAUUCAAUGAUAAAGACGAAGAACAAGGAGAAGAUUACAAUGAUGAUGAUGACAACGAUAGCCAUGUUGGCCAACUAUACAACAGAGUUGAGGACGAUGUUAAUCAUACCACAUCUUCAUGUCGGCUGCCUGUAUCAUCCUCAUUAGGGUCAUGGAGUCCUAAUCGAGGUUAUGAAGAUAGUGAUGAUUAUGAUAAAAGUCCAUCUCCAACUUUGCAACAUUCAAUUUCAUCUGAUUCUUACACGCAGGACAAUGGGCAAUGCUCUUCCUUCAUGAAUCAUUCUUUGAUCGAAAAGGACAUCAUAUACGAUUUGCGAGGACAUAUGGAGCAACUCCAACAAGAGAUGGCUGAACUACGAAGAUCAAUAAAGAGCUGCAUGAAUAUGCAGGCAAAAUUACAACGUUCCACUAAGAAGAAGGUCGCAGCUGCAGUAAGUCAUUCAGGUGAGCUGGAGAAUGUUAGUCAUUCCCUAUAGAGUAUAUCAAAGUUUGUUUUCCAAUUCUUGGAACAAAAACCCAGAACUGUAUGGGUGAUUGGCUUCACAUGUCAUGUAUGUUUGUUAAAACCUUCUUUCCCCCCCCCCC